CGUUGGUCUGCUUACUCUGGCCACUGUAUUAUUCGCGUUUCAUAGGAAGUCCAAGCUCUCGUGUAGGUGUUUUAGGAAAGUGGAGUAGAUGGAAAUCGGACUCCGCUUUUGCAGGAUUUGUUGGCAUGAAGCUAAAUUCUGUGUGAAUUGUGACGAUUUCUGCUGAUUGACAGCGACAUGAAAACAGAUGCUAGUUCAUAUGGACAGUGUCUGAUUAGGCCUUUGUUGGGUUUGAUUAGGUAAAUUUCAAGAAAAAUGCAGACACUUGAGGGAAUUCUGGGGUUGGAACUUUGGGCCCAACAUCCUCCACUAAAAGUAGUCUAGGAUUUCUGUUGGUGUUCUGCAUGCAAUAGGUGCAAAUCUAAUGCUGAAGUAGAGCUAGUGCUAGGGAAGAAAACUGACAUUUCUUGAAGGUAGGACUAUUCAGCACAAAUCUGAAAGAACCCGAAUAGGAGAUAACACGCCUUCCUUGACUGCAAGAGGAACUACUCUUUGUAGUAUAAGCUAGGUAGGCCGUCUAUUCUAAUGUUGGAUGAUUCCAUUGGAAAUGGACGACUGUAAGUGUUUGUUUUUCAUAUGUGUUAUACCUAAAUUUGGAAAUAAAGGGUACUGUGGUGUGUUGUGUCUUUCUUUUUAUAUUGGUUCUUGGGUGAUGCUAAUUGGGCUAGAUAUGUCCCAUUUCUAGAUAUGCUGGCCAUUCCUGCUUGCUCCCUUGGUUCAGACAGCUCUUGAUUGUAUGCAUGGAUACUUGUGAAAAAUGUUGCUUGGAGCUAAGUGAUACCGUCGUAUAACGCUAACACUUGUGCGUAAAAUGGAGGAUCAUCCUGGCCAUCCUAUUUCCAACUAUGAUUUCUUGUCAGGGAAUGGUUGUCAUACGAAGAAAUUAGUUCAUAAGAACUACGACCAGGACUCCUCAUCAGCCAAGUCUGGCCGGUCACAACAAGAAGCAUCUGCAACGAGUGACAGUAAUCUAAAUGAGCAACACACCUCAAGACCCCCAUCACAAUCUGACAAUGACAAUGAUCAUGGGAAGCCCGACCAGCACAUGAUAAAGCCGCUUUUAUCUUUGGGGAACCCAGAGACUGUUGCUCCCCCGCCAAUGAUUGAUUGUAGCCAAUCAUUUGCAUAUGUUCCUUAUGCUGCUGAUGCUUAUGCUGGGAUCUUUCCAGGAUAUGCCUCACACGCUAUUGUUCAUCCCCAAUUAAAUGCUGCAACAAACUCUCGUGUGCCGCUCCCUAUUGAGCCUGCAGCAGAAGAGCCAAUGUUUGUUAAUGCAAAGCAAUAUCAUGCAAUUCUUAGGAGGAGGCAGAUACGUGCUAAAUUGGAGGCCCAAAAUAAGCUCGUGAAAGCCCGGAAGCCAUACCUUCAUGAAUCUCGGCACCGCCAUGCCAUGAAGCGAGCUCGUGGAACAGGAGGGCGGUUCCUCAACACAAAGCAACUCGAGGAGCAGAAGCAGGUUUCAGGUGGUGCAAGCUGUACAAAGGUCCAUGGCAAGAAUACACUCCUUCAGGGUAGCCCGGCCUUCGCACCUUCGGCAUCAGCUCCCUCCAACAUGUCAAGCUUUUCAACAACCGGCAUGCUGGCUAAUCAGGAGCGCACCUGCUUCCCCUUGGUUGGCUUCCGUCCCACGGUUAGCUUCAGUGCACUGAAUGGCAACGGGAAGCUGGCCCCGAACGGCAUGCACCAGCGCGCUUCCAUGAUGAGGUAAAGCAAAGCAUCCUCUGGUGCGCUGCCGGUGGCAAUUCAUCCUUGGCUUAUGAAGAUGUUCCGGAAAUGUGGUUGCUAUAUCAGUUGGACCAAGAUAUUGUUAUGAGUUCUUUUGAGUUUCAUCUAGUUGGAAGCACUGGUGUGCUGAUGGCACUAUGUGGAGACUGAAAUCUUCAUCACAUUUCUUUUUGUGUGUACUUAUUCAAAUAAGGCACCCUGACUAUCCCAGAGAUUGGAGUUGGGCAAGGUUGCGAAACCAUUGGCCUAUCCUUCCUUACCUGUUGUGAAUGUAUCUGGUACUUAACUCAGAGAUGGUUGAGCCUCAAGCUUUGACGAAUGAUGUUGCAGUUUGGUAA